AUGGUGGCGCCGAUGAGCCUGUUGUUCGCAUUUCUGCUCGUCGUGGGUCAUUUCCUCGGCCAGGCACAGGUCGUUUCGGGAUCAGACAUCUAUCAGGUAAGUAGACAGCUGUAAACAAACGGAGAAUAACUUUAAAGGAUAACUUGUAUCGCGAAGCCCGAGCACCGGCGAUGAAGUGGAUGAGAUUCGGGAAGAGAUCCCCUCAGGGCAAAUGGAUGCGAUUCGGGAAAAGGGCCCCUCAAGGAAAAUGGAUGAGGUUCGGAAAGCGCGCGGAUGAUGUACAAGACCCCGAAUAUGAAUGA